GACGCUGCUGCAGACACACAAUCCCUCCAGACUUGGAAGGCAGAAGCCGAGCAACACGAGAAAGGCGGUGACUGGGAGAACAGUAGGUUCCAGAAUGUCUCACGACGUUGCAAAUGUAUAUGGUAUUCGUUUACUUUAACGAUAUAUUAGGACGAUAUAUUUGUGCGCGGCGGCUUUGACUUCCGAGACGCGCGUCUCCAAACUUUGUCCACUUCAAAAUACAGGUAGUGUUCAACCUCUCACUCGAACAAAAACCUAAAUUCUCGGACAAUGACAGGUUCAAUCAUUUUUAGCAUUCUCUGUAUUUGGAUGUUUUCACCCAGUCUGUCACGAGGGACCGGGUUUAUCUAUCAGUUUCCAGGUGUGACAUUGCAACGCACCCACACUGAACACACCGCGGGACCCCCUGCAGGCACCAAUGCGGCUCGCAGGAACUGGUGUCAGUACACAGUGUCGAAGACUGUGUCAUGCCAGGUGCACAACGGGACAGAGAAGCUGGUACAGCGUAUGUUUCAGAGUUGCCGGUGGCCGGGACCCUGUUCUAACCUCAUCAGUUACAGGACCGUUGUCCGGCCCACAUACAUGCUAACGUAUCGCCAGGUGACGGCGUUGGAGUGGAGGUGCUGCCCAGGCUUUAUGGGCGACAACUGCAGAGAGGAAUGUAUGAACUGCACUGGCUAUACUGAUAUGAAUAACAGACUGAGUAUCCUUGAGUCCAAGAUUGUGUUACUGGAGGAGGCAGGACCACCACCUCUCCCAUUCAGAUACUCCCCAGAUAGGUCUUCAGAUAACGAGGUGGGAGUACCCCAGCCCACCCCCAUGCCUCCCUCCACCAUUGGCCUACCAGGAGCAAGAGGCCCCCCAGGACCAGUUGGACCCCAAGGCAUGGUGGGACCCCCUGGACGCACCGGAGAGACAGGCCUCGUAGGGAAAUCUGGACCCAUGGGACCCAGAGGGCCCCAGGGCCAGCGAGGAGCCCCAGGGGAGAGAGGUGUACCUGGGCCAGCGGGUUCUCCGGGGCCAGCCUCUCCCUUCUCACACAGAGGAGAUGUGUUUGGUCUGAGGGAGCUGGACCAGUAUGAAGAGUCUGCGCUCCCUUCACGGAAUAACCAGAAAGAUGUGACCGGUCCCCCAGGCCCCAUCGGACCCCCUGGACCCCCAGGCCGGCCUGGACCCACAGGGCCUGCUGGAAACACAGGUACCCCAGGCAGAAACGCUGGGUUUGGUCUCUCAGGCAAGCCUGGGGAUCGCGGACCUAAAGGAGACACUGGUGAAAGGGGACCCCCAGCACACAGGGGAGAACAUGGUCAGCCAGGUGCACCAGGGCCAAAGGGUGAACCAGGAGAUAGCCAGGCUGAGGGGGAGGGGGUGCAGCAGCUGAGAGAGGCUCUGAAGAUCCUGGCUGAGAGGGUUCUCAUUCUGGAGCACAUGAUCGGCAUUCAUGAGAACCCACUAGAACCCGGUUCUGGCCUGGACAUCCUGUCAGACCUGUUGCCCAUGUUUAAAAACAAAAGGGCGGGACCCAAUACCCUGCUCCACUCUCUCGCCACGGGAGACCGGAAGCUGAUUGGAGAGGAAAGAGUGAGGAGGGGGGACAAUUAGAUGCUCAUGCCAAUGGGUGUAGAGCAUGGUUUGUAUAUGAACUGUGAUUGUUUAAGAGACUGAGAUGGACGUACCAUGUGUUCUCUGGGCCAGAGUGUAUGACCAGUCAAUCCUCAUGGAAGCACAGAAUUCCAUCAAUCUGGGCUUUGGGCGACCGAGUGUCUGCAAAAUGACCCCUUCUCUUACUCAGAUUCUUGAAUUUGACCUGUUUAUAAUGUGUGUGUUUUUUUUACAUUGACUUUUAGUACUGUUGUCAUUAUCGUAGUCAUGUUAUUCCAAUGUAAUGAUGUAACUUUGGUGCUGGUACUGGCCUCAACGUGUGCAUAUUCUUCAAGUCUAGGUAGCAGAUAAUGGACCCUAUCAGAUAUUUAUGUAGUUGGUGCUGUAUAUGAACUUAAAUACAUGGGUUCUAACUUGAAACAUUAUUUGUUAGUUUACAACUGUACAAUUUAUGCUCACCGCAUAUAAUAUACACGAAGACUGACGGGAAAUGUACAGUUGAAGUCGAAGGUUUACAUACACUUAGGUUAGAGUCAUUAUUCAAACACUCCACAAAUGUCUUGUUAACAAACUAUAGUUUUGGCAAGUCGGUUCGGACAUCUGCUUUGUGCAUGACACAAGUAAUUUUUCCAACAAUUGACAGAUUAUUUCACUGUAUCACAAUUCCAGUGGGUCAGAAGUGUACAGAAGUUGAUUGUGCCUUUAAACAGCUUGGACAACUCCAGAAAGUAAUGUCAUGGCUUUAGAAGCUUCUGAUAGGCUAAUUGACAUCAUUUGAGUCAAUUGGAGGUGUACCUGUGAAUGUAUUUCAAGGCCUACCUUCAAACUCAGUGCCUCUUUUCUUGACUUCACGGUAAAAUCAAGAGAAAUCAGCCAAGACCUCAGAAAAAAAUGUAGACCUCCACAAGUCUGGUUCAUCCUUGGGAGCAAUUUCCAAACACCUGAAGGUACCACGUUCAUCACAAACAGUAGUACGCAAGUAUAAACACCAUGGGACCACGCAGCCGUCAUACCGCUCAGGAAGGAGACGCGUUCUGUCUCCUAGAGAUAAACAUACUUUGGUGCGAAAUCAAUCCCAGAACAACAGCAAAUGACCUUGUGAAGAUGCUGGAGGAAACAGGUACAAAAGUAUCUAUAUCCACAGUAAAACGAGUCCUAUAUCGACAUAACCUGAAAGGCCGCUCAGCAAGGAAGAAGCCACAGCUCCAAAAUCGCCAUAAAAAAGCCAGACUACGGUUUGUAACUGCACAUGGGGACAACGAUCAUACUUUUUGGAGAAAUGUUCUCUGGUCUGAUGUAACAAAAAUAGAACUGUUUGGCCAUAAUGACCAUUGUUAUGUUAGGAGGAAAAGGGGAGGCUUACAAGCCGAAGAACACCAUCCCAACCGUAAAGCACGAGGGUGGCAGCAUCAUGUUGUGGGGGUGCUUUACUGCAGGAGGGACUGGUGCACUUCACAAAAUAGAUGGCAUCAUGAGGACGAAAAAUUAUGUGGAUAUAUUGAAGCAACAUCGCAAGACAUCAGUCAGAAAGUUAAAGCUUGGUCGCAAAUGGGUCUUCCAAAUGGACAUUGACCCCAAGCAUACUUCCAAAUCAUGGCAAAAUGGCUUAAGGACAACAAAGUCAAGUUAUUGGAGUUGCCAUCACAAAGCCCUGACCUCAAUCAUAUAUAAAAUGUGUGGGCAGAACUGAAAAAGCGUGUGUGAGCAAGGAGGCAUACAAACCUGACUCAGUUACACCAACUGACCUAAGACAGGGAAUUUUACUAGGAUUAAGUGUCAGGAAUUGUGAAAAAUUGAGUUUAAAUGUAUUUGGUUAAGGUGUAUGUAAACUUCUGACUUCAGGCCUCCCGGGUAGCGCAGUGGUGAAGGGUGCUGUACUGCAGCGCCAGCUGUGCCACCAGAGACUCUGGGUUCGCGCCCAGGCUCUGUAGCAACCGGCCGUGACCGGAAAGUCCGUGGGGCGAUGCACAAUUGGCCCAGCAUCGUCCGGGUUAGGCCGGUAGGGAUAUACUUGACUCAUCGCGCACCAGCGACUCCUGUUGCGGGCCGGGUGCAGUGCGCGCUAACCAAGAAUGCCAGGUGCACGGUGUUUCCUCCGACACAUUGGUGUGGCUGGCUUCCAGGUUGGAUGCGCUCUGUGUUAAGAAGCAGUGCGGCUUGGUUGGGUUGUGUAUCGGAGGACGCAUGACUUUUAACCAUCAUCUCUCCCGAGCCCGUACGGGAGUUGUAGCGAUGAGACAAGAGAGUAGCUACGAAUAAACUUCCGACUUCAACUGUAUAUGACUCACGUGAUGAAGAAACAUGUUGUCUGUAGUCUACUGUACAUGAUGGAGGACCAUAUUGUCUGUAGUCUACUGUACAUGAUGGAGGACCAUGUUGUCUGUAGUCUACUGUACAUGAUGGAGGACCAUGUUGUCUGUAGUCUACUGUACAUGAUGGAGGACCAUGUUGUCUGUAGUCUACUGUACAUGAUGGAGGACCAUGUUGUCUGUAGUCUACUGUACAUGAUGGAGGACCAUGUUGUCUGUAGUCUACUGUACAUGAUGGAGGAACAUGUAGUCUACUGUACAUGAUGGAGGAACAUGUAGUCUACUGUACAUGAUGGAGGACCAUGUUGUCUGUAGUCUACUGUACAUGAUGGAGGAACAUGUAGUCUACUGUACAUGGUAAGCUGUGAAGUGGCACUUCAUUUUUUAGUAUGGUAAACGGCUGUGAGGAUUUUUCUACAAUAUUCACAACAUAAUGACACAAUUACAAUCUUUAUAGAAUAAAAAUCUAAUUUCAUCAAUACAAUAUUUGAGGGAACAGCAAGCAAGCAGCAGAAAGUGAAUUCAGUAACACUUUAUUUUAAGGGGUCCUUAUUACAAUGUUAUUACAUAUGUAAUUACACUGUAACAACUAUUGAAAUGAACUGUAAUAAUUCAUAGUUACACUGUAAUAAAAACAUGUAACUGGUGGUAAUUGCUUAAAUAAAGGUUUGUUAACUGACUUGCCAAGUUAUAUAAAGGUUAAGAACAAAUUGUAUUUUAUAUGACGGCAUACCCCGGCCAAACCCUCGCCUAACCUGGACAACGCUGGGCCAAUUGUGCCCCAUGGGACUGCCAAUCACAGUCGGUUGUGAUACAGCCCAGGAUCGAACCAGGCCCGAGCACUGAGAUGCAGUGCCUCAGACCGCUGCGCCACUCGGGAGCCUUAAAAUCAUUUUAAAUUGUUUAAAUUGUUAACAAUGCAUUUGACAAUGGGUCAACA